AUGACAACGAUCCGCAAUGGGCUAGGACUAGGGCUAGCGGCGGUCGUUUUCGCGACGGUGCUGAUACAAGUUUCGACGACGGCAGGUGAUUAUGUCACGAUUCGUGUUAACAACAAGUUAAGCAGCAAAAAGACAUUGAUAGUGCAUUGUCAAUCCGGCGACGACGAUCUCCACGCUCACGCGGUGGUCGCGGAUUUUUACUUCGAUUGGAGUUUCGGGUGGAGACGUGCGACGCGUUUUUGGUGUCGGCUGGCGUUUCAAGAUAAGCGUCUUGGUUUCACAGCGUUCAACGGAGAUGAUGUAUACAAUUACAACGUAUUCGUUGCGGACUUCGAUGUGUACGAUGAUGGAGUUUAUGGGACUCAAGUUGUAUCUCAGCAACGACUUCAUUUUGCUAAAUGGCAUUGA